GCUCUCCGGCAGGGACGAGUCUCCCUCCUCUGUUCUCCUUCUGUGUUUUAAAAAAAAAAAAAAAAAAAAACAGACGGAGGAGAAAAAAACAUCAAGGAAUUCCUCCAGUAAACCUCUGCUGCAGACUCCGAUGGAUUGAUCUGAUUUUCUGCGACGAUAGAGGAUGGGCUGUGUCCAAUGUAAGGAUAAAGAAGCAGCGAAACUCACAGAUGACCGCGAGACCAGCCUCACACACAGCUCUGGGUACCGCUAUGGCUCCGACCCCACGCCGCAACACUACCCCAGCUUUGGCGUCACCACCAUUCCCAACUACAACAACUUCCACACCGCCGCCACUCAGGGGGUGACUGUGUUCGGAGGCGUGCACACGUCCUCGCAAUCUGGAACGCUUCGGUCGCGUGGAGGGACAGGAGUUACUCUGUUUGUGGCUCUGUAUGACUAUGAAGCCAGGACUGAGGAUGACCUCAGCUUCAGAAAGGGGGAGAGGUUCCAGAUCCUCAACAGCACGGAGGGAGACUGGUGGGAGGCUCGUUCCCUUACUACAGGUGGAACUGGAUACAUUCCCAGUAAUUAUGUGGCUCCUGUGGACUCGAUCCAGGCAGAGGACUGGUAUUUUGGUAAAUUAGGCCGAAAGGAUGCUGAGAGGCAGCUGCUGUCCGGUGGCAAUGCCAGAGGCACUUUCCUCAUCCGUGAGAGCGAAACAACCAAAGGGGCGUACUCGCUCUCCAUCCAGGACUGGGAUGACAUCAAGGGAGAUCACGUCAAGCAUUAUAAGAUUCGAAAAUUGGACAAUGGUGGCUACUACAUCACCACCCGGGCUCAGUUUGAGACCCUCCAACAGCUAGUUCAGCACUACUCUGCCAGGGCUGCGGGGCUGUGCUGUCGACUGAUCGUGCCCUGCCACAAAGGCAUGCCUCGUCUGACCGACCUGUCCGUCAAAACCAAAGACGUGUGGGAGAUCCCGCGGGAAUCUCUGCAGCUCAUUAAACGCCUCGGCAACGGCCAGUUUGGAGAGGUCUGGAUGGGCACAUGGAACGGCACCACAAAGGUGGCUGUGAAGACUCUGAAACCUGGCACCAUGUCGCCUGAAUCCUUCCUGGAAGAAGCUCAGAUCAUGAAGAAGCUCCGCCAUGAUAAACUGGUGCAGCUCUACGCCGUAGUGUCUGAAGAACCCAUCUACAUUGUUACAGAGUACAUGAGCAAAGGAAGUUUGCUUGAUUUCCUGAAAGAUGGAGAAGGACGAGGCCUCAAACUGCCCAAUCUAGUUGACAUGGCAGCCCAGGUGGCAGCAGGAAUGGCGUACAUUGAGAGGAUGAACUACAUCCAUAGAGACCUGCGUUCUGCCAACAUCCUCGUAGGAGAUGGCCUCGUGUGCAAGAUUGCAGAUUUUGGACUUGCCAGGCUCAUUGAGGACAAUGAAUACACAGCAAGACAAGGGGCCAAGUUUCCGAUUAAGUGGACGGCUCCAGAGGCUGCCCUGUACGGGAAAUUCACCAUCAAGUCAGACGUUUGGUCGUUUGGCAUCCUUCUCACUGAGCUGGUGACCAAGGGUAGGGUGCCCUAUCCAGGCAUGAACAACCGCGAGGUGCUGGAGCAGGUGGAGCGAGGUUACCGCAUGCCGUGCCCACAGGACUGCCCCAUCUCCCUGCACGAGCUCAUGGUGCAGUGCUGGAAGAAGGACCCAGAGGAGAGGCCCACCUUUGAGUAUCUGCAAGCCUUUUUGGAGGACUACUUCACAGCCACUGAGCCUCAGUACCAGCCGGGGGAUAAUCUCUGAAGCGCCUCCGCCCUCAUUUCAUGUCAUUUCUCAAACUUUCCACCAGAGGGAGCCAUGUACCUAAUUUUUCGGUCAUCAUAGAAAAGCUUUUUCUUUUUAAAUGACUUCUUCCACUUUUUAAUGGAAACGGCAGAUGAACAGACCAUCAGCUCCAAGGAAGCUGAUGGGGGCCAGAAGUAAAUAACUUUCAUAAAUGAGCAACAUGACUUGUGUACUUUGUAUGUAUUGUAAAUAGAAAAUGCUCGUUUACCUAACUUUUUCUGUUGUUUAAUUUUAUAUUACUUUUGAUAAUUUGGGAGCCUGUGGAUUUUUUUCUUUUCUUUUUUUUUAAAAUCCAAGGUCAAAAAACGCUUUCAGAUUGCGUUUCUUGGAGCAGUGUAUGGCACUCGGUUACAUCAACCUUCAGUAGAACAAUAACUGCUUAGUGCGUAGUACUAAGCAGUAUCAAACAUUUUCUUGCAACAAUUUUUUUAUGAUGCUAAUUUAACAAGAAGUCUCUUCUCAAGGAAACUCAGAUGUACUAUUAAACCAGUUUUUGCCUUUUCAUCUUUAGUAAUCUUAUAACGCAAAGGAAUGCCUUCACGCUUUAUAAACACUAACCUGCAUCAUGGACUUGUCCUAUAAAGCCCCACCUGUUGGGCUCUAGCACUGAUACCUAGUGCAUCCAUAGCAUUUCGGCUUAAGGCAAAAAGUCUUAGCUCAGCUUAUUGUAUUCUUUAGUUUAGCUUUUUGUAGUUGAAAAGCUGCAACAUUAUUUAGGGGAUUGUUUAUUAUACCGAUGAUGUAUGUUGCGCUGACGUAUGGCGGCAGGCUGCAUAAGAUCUCUCCUUUUUUUUUUUUUUUUUUUUAGCUUUGACAUGCUGAGAAUGAAGGAUGUGUACUAGUAUUUGUCUCUGCAUUACGUGUAUUUUGAAAUAACAUGUUUUUAUGUUCUACCAGUGUUAUAUGUUACAUGUAAAUUUUUUUUAUAACGGAAGUGUCAAACCUGCCUCCAGGACAAAGCGCCAUCCCUGUGUGUAUUUAUGUUGCUUUCCAUGGGUGGUAAAAGUGAACAAUAAUUUUUCACUUUUUGUUUUUUUCCUAAUUUAUUAGGCAUACAAAUGUUUUUUUGGUUUUGCUAUCGCUAUUAUUUAUUGUCUGUCUGUUAUUUGUGCACAGCUGGUUUUGAAAUAAACAAUCUUUUAAUGAUCAGAUUUCUG